CCUAGGAACCUCCUUCUGCUCCCAGUCUCGAGCUCCAGUCCCCUGUUCCUCCUGACAUCCGAGAGGCUCUGCUGCAGCUUUAUCCUGGGUUAACUGAUUAUCUUGUACAGCCUGGCAACUGGCCGCACGCUCCGGAUUACCACAGGACACCCAUUUCAAAACGCUUUUCACUUUCUGUUCUGACUAUUUGAAUUUUUUUUUUAAACUGAAAGAAAACAUUUUUUGGGGGGUUGUUAAGGAGGAAAAAGAGAGAAGCAUCUUGGAUAUGUGCUUGUGAUCUUUUGGGUUUUUGGUUGCUUUAGUAACUUUACACUUUUUCACUUGCCCUUCUCACCUUUCCUGGAGGGCUGUUUCUGUUUGCAUGCGAUGGAUCACACGCUGUUUGGUUGCCUGCGGAGCCCCCACGCCCCGGCACAGGCCCUGCAUCCCGCCUUCACUCAGUCUCCCCUGACUCUGCACGGACGCUCGGACCACGUCUCCUACCCUGACCUGGCCUCUUCAUCCUCCUCCUCCUCCACCUCCUCACCAGCACCCUGCAUCAUCUCCAGCUACCCGGCCGAUGAUGGCCUGUUUCCCGGGCACCACCACCACCACCACCACCACCACCCCCACCGCGGUCACCUGUCCUCCCAGCAGCAUCAUCACGCGCCUCAGCACCAUGCAUCUUGGCAUAUCCCACAGAUGCCUUCACCUGGUGGUACCUCCCGCCACAACCUUUGCCACCCACACUCCCACUCUUCCCACGACGGUGGGCCCACACCCCCAGACCUGGGCCACCCUGGUGGGCCUAGUAUGUGUGCCAGCACCCCCAGUCUGGGUAGUGGCAGUAACCCCACAGGGGCCUCCUGUGUGCCUGCAGACUUUGGCAGACAGACUCUGUCACCUGCUGAGGCCGAGAAGAGGAACAGCAAGAGGAAAAGUGAUAGUUCAGAGUCCCAGGACGGGAAUUACAAAUCAGACGUGAGCAGCAAGCCCAGGAAGGAGAGGACGGCGUUCACCAAGGAGCAGAUCCGAGAGCUGGAGGCUGAAUUUGCCCACCACAACUACCUAACCAGACUAAGGCGCUACGAGAUCGCUGUCAAUCUCGACCUCACUGAAAGACAAGUGAAGGUUUGGUUCCAGAACAGGAGGAUGAAGUGGAAAAGAGUGAAGGGCGGCCAGCAGGGCGCGGCAGCUCGGGAGAAAGAACUGGUGAACGUGAAAAAGGGGACUUUGCUGCCAUCAGAGUUCUCUGGCAUCGCAUCGCUCCACUGCUCGACGGAAUCCUUAGCCAACGAGGACAGUCACGACAGCGACCAGAGCUCUGAGCAUGCUCACUUAUGAUGAAACCCCCACCCACCCCAUGCCCCACCCCCUUCCGAGUACAGACCCUGCUUCUGCCUCAGGACUGUCCUUAGCAGGACUGCUGUUUGCUGAUUUGCCAUCGCCAUACAACAAUGCUAAACAAGUGUACAAAUGCACAGACGAAUGCCGUGUGUUGGAGAAUACAGUCAUUAUGCAGGCAACAUUUAUUUUUUAAGGACUGAGCACACAAGAACAGCAAGGUGGUGAAAUAUUUCAAAAUGCCAUUGGUUAAAACAUUUUUCAUGAAUGCCAGAAUAUUACACAUUAAAAUGUGAUGUUUUUGGCGACAGCAACUAACUGAACACUACAGGACAUUUUGGAUAUCCUAUUUUGUCAAUAUGUUGUAAACAUUCCAUGUUGUGUGAGAAGCAGGCUGCAGCUUUGAUUUGCAUUGUUAAACGUUCAGGCAGCACCUUCAGCAUCAUUUUCUACUGUAUGAAAAUGCAACAUUUCGAUGAAAUUGAUCAAAUCAAGUACCAGGAGAUCAAAAUUUGCCAUGCUAGUGAUUUGUAAAUAAUUCUCACUAUUGUCUUACCUUCAUGAUAGUUUUAUACUAACUGACAAACACUGACAGUUCUUCAGUCUGUUGAUGACAUUUUUGUAAACAGAUCUGAAACCUGAAAGAGGCAUUUUGUUAAAUCCUUUCGGCGACAGUUGCAAAUUGAAUAAAAUUUAACCAGUGGUCAAUGA